AUGGAAACUGAUUAUGAUGUGGUUAUCAUCGGCGCCGGUAUCUCGGGCAUCAACGUCGCAUAUCGACUGCAGUCGCAGUUUCCAUCUCUACGCUAUGUCAUCUUGGACAACCGCGAAAAUCUAGGCGGCACUUGGGAUCUCUUCAAAUAUCCAGGAAUCCGAUCGGAUUCAGAUCUCUUCACCUUCGGUUUCGACUGGUACCCAUGGUAUCAAAACAACCCCAUCGCCAGCGGCCCGGACAUCAUCAAAUACCUAGAAGAUGCCGCCACAAAACACGGCAUCAAAGACAACAUGCGUUUCCAGCACAAGGUCCUCAGCGCAGACUGGUCAUCAACCGAAAAGACCUGGUCCCUCACCAUAACCAAGAACGGCCAACCCACCCCAACAUCCCUCUCCACACAAUUCCUCAUCUUCGGAACAGGAUACUACAGCUUCGAAACCCCGCUCCAAACCCAGAUCCCAGGCCUAACCAAUUUCUCCGGCCAAGUCAUCCACCCCCAAUUCUGGCCCCAAGACCUCGACUACACCGACAAGAAGAUCGUCAUAAUCGGCAGCGGCGCAACAGCCAUCACGCUCCUCCCCACGCUCGCCCAAAAAGCAGCAAAAGUCACCAUGCUCCAACGCAGCCCCUCCUACAUCAUCUCCGUCCGCAAUAGAACAGGCUCCUGGCUCACCUCGCUCCUCCCAACCUCCCUCCAGCACAGACUCGCCCGCCUCAGAUCCCUCCACCUAGGCCGCCUCUUCUACCUCUUCAGCCAGUCGUUCCCGAACGCCGCAAAACGUCUCCUCACCCGCGGCGUCGCCCGCCAACUACCCGCCCACAUCCCGCUCAGCCCGCACUUCACGCCCAGCUAUAACCCGUGGGCCCAGCGGCUCUGCGCCGCGCCAGACGGCGACUUCUUCAAGAGCCUGCACACGGGCCGCGCGGACGUCCAAACCGACACGAUACGACAGGUCACGGCUAGUGGGAUUGAGCUGGAUUCCGGCUCGAAGCUAGACGCGGACCUGAUCGUUACGGCGACGGGGUUGAAGGUCGAGUUUGGGGGCCGGGUUGCGCUGUCGCUGGAUGGGGUGCCGUAUCAGUUGAAUGGGAAGUAUACGUGGCGCGGGAUGAUGUUUCAGGAUCUGCCUAAUGCGGCGUUUUUGUUUGGGUAUGCUAAUGCGUCGUGGACGCUGGGGGCGGACGCUACUUCCGUCUUUAUUUGUCGGCUUUGGAGGGUUCUUGAGCAGAGGCAUGCCUUGGGUGUUGUGCCGAGGUUGAGCGAGGAGGAGGCCGGGCAGUUGGUGCCCGAGAGGUUUAUGAAGUUGAACUCCACUUAUAUAAAUCGUGCUUUGGCGGAUUUGCCUUUGGCGAGCGAUCGGGAGAUUUGGAGCCCGGCGAGUGAUUAUUUUGCCGGGAUGAAGUUUGCGAAGAAGGGAAGUUUGGAGGGAUUGGAGUUUUUGGAUGUGAAGGAUUGA